AUGGCGGAUAAUAACACAGUUACUAGACAGCAGAAGAUAACUCUGCAGAACCGCCAUGGCGAAAAACUCGUGGGAGCGUUUCACGACACUGGAUCGGUAGAUGUUGUGAUCUUGUGUCAUGGUUUCCGAUCCUCAAAGGAGUACAGAAUCAUGGUGAACAUUUCUGAUGCCCUGGAAAAUAAAGGGAUCAGCUCAUUUCGGUUCGAUUCUGCUGGAAAUGGAGAAAGUGAAGGGUCAUUCGAGUUUGGUAAUUACUGGGGAGAGGUUGAAGAUCUGCGUUCUGUAGUAGAGUACUUUACUCCGGGAAUGAACCGAAAUAUUGCUGCAAUUGUUGGGCAUAGCAGAGGUGGCAUGGUUGCUCUCUUAUACGCGUCUAAAUAUCAUGAUAUUUCCGCUGUGAUUAGCAUAGCUUCACGUUUCAAGUCACAUGGAAAUUUUGCAAAUACAACAAAUCAAAUGAUGAAGGAUCUGCUGGAAAAAAUCAAGAAAGAGGGAUACACAGAGGAGAGCCUGAUGGAGGAACUGAAUAUCAAUAUGCAUGAUCCCUGCCUUCAAAUCGACAAAGAUUGCAGGGUGUUAACGGUUCACGGAUCCGCUGAUGACAUUGUCCCUGUUGACGAUGCAAUGGAAUAUGCAAAAGUCAUACGGAAUCAUACAUUACGCAUCAUUGAAGGAGCUGGUCAUGGGUUUAAUCAACAGCAGGAUGAAUUGGUUUCCGCGGUUUUGUCUUUCAUUGAACAAGGCCAGCUAGCUAGCUGA